AUGGGAGAAGAUGACAGUUGUAUGUUGUGGCUGCCCGACUUAGUGCUGGUCCGCCUCAUCGACUAUCUGCUCCCCAGCUCCGAUGCGCACGGGCGGAUUCCACAAGCCGGCGUGCCCAGCCACAAGCGCAGCCUCAACAGCGCUCUCGGCGGACUCGGCGGCUGGCAUGCCACGGCGGCAAGCACCCUAUACGAUGACGUGGACCAGUACGGGCAGCGCACGCUCCGAUCGCGCAUGAGCUCGGCGCUGGCUCUCCGGGCCACGUGUCACUCACUGCGGCUCGCCGUGGACAUGAUCGUGCGCCUGCCUCCGCUCGAUUUCGUGUCGGACCUGCAGGCCUGGCUCAUCGCGAACCUGGGGGCGCCGCCGCUGCAGCUCACCGAUAACAAAAACAGCUCCGUCGAGGGCGCGAGCGACUUUGAUUGGGCCGCGCGCCUCGUCUCGUCGAGCGCCCACGCCCAGCUCCAGCAACUCAGGUGUGCUGAUGCGCUGAGCCUGACGGCUUGCUUUGUGUUGGCCAACAGGCUGGAUGAAUGCUGCACUUCGACCACCACUCCGACUUUAUAG